AUGCCCCUGGCCGAAAACAAAGUCCCACGUGACCGGCGGCGCGGGGAGCCCAUCAUGGCGUCUCCCAGCGGCUGCCGGCCCCAGCCCGGCGGGCAGGGCGGCGGGGCCGAAACCGGGGCCGGGGCCGGGCCGGCGGUUCUGCGGGGCGCCGAGGAGGACGCCGAGGGGUUGUACGUGGCGGUGGAGCGGUGCCCGCUCUGCAACACAACGCGCCGCCGCCUCACCUGCGCCAAGUGCGUCCAGAGCGGCGACUUCGUCUUCUUCGACGGCCGCGACUCCGAGAGGUUUUCAGACAAGAAAGAAAGGCUGAUGCAUCUUAAAACCAAACAGAGAGAAUUCCAAAAACAUGUUUUGAAGGCCAUGGAAGGGAAAGAGAUAACUGAUCAGCUGAGAUGGAAAAUAAUGUCUUGCAAGAUGAGGAUUGAGCAGCUGAAACAGACCAUUUGCAAAGAAAAUGAUGAAAUGACAAGACACACGGAGGGGCUUCUGAGAAUUAAAGAGGAGAACCAGAAGCAUUAUCGCAGGGCUCAGCGGCAUCAGGAGAAGAAAGAGAAGAUCCAGAGGCAUAACCGCAAGCUGGGAGACUUGGUAGAGAAAAAAACCUAUGACUUGAAAACCCAGUACGAGCAUCUGGCAAAUCUUCGUCGGACGCAUAUCCUGGAGCUAACGUCAGUCAUAUUUCCCAUUGAAGAAGUAAAGACAAGCAUGAGAGAUCCUGCAGAUGUGUCUUCUGAGAGUGACAAUGCUAUGACCUCUAGCACUGUGAGCAAGCUCGCGGAAGCCAGGAGAACCACGUAUCUCUCUGGGAGAUGGGUGUGUGAUGAUCAUAAUGGGGACACCAGCAUCAGUAUCACAGGGCCUUGGAUAACCCUUCCUAAUAAUGGAGACUAUUCAGCAUAUUACAAUUGGGUGGAAGAGAAGAAGACUACACAAGGACCAGAUAUGGAACAUAAUAACCCUGCUUAUACCAUCAGUGCUGCAUUGUGCUAUGCAACUCAGCUUGUUAACACUUUGUCUCUCAUACUUGAUGUAAAUCUUCCCAAGAAGCUCUGCAACAGUGAGUUCUGUGGAGAGAAUCUCAGCAGACACAGGUUCACGCGGGCAGUGAAGAAGCUGAAUGCUAAUAUCCUUCACCUUUGCUUCUCUCAGCAUGUGAAUUUAGAUCUGUUGCACCCACUGCAUACGCUCAGGAACCUUAUGUACCUGGUCAGCCCAGACACUGAGAACUUGGGCAGGUCUGGGCCUUUUGAAAUCAGUGCUGAUCUUGAAGACUCCAUGGAGUUUGUGGAUCCCAGUGCCACCGGCGAAACAGAUGAGAGCGGAGACGAGCACGUCAGUGAUGAAGAGACAGACCUAGGGACAGACUGGGAGAAUCUGCCAAGCCCCAGGUUCUGCGAUAUCCCCUCUCAGCAGGUGGAGAUGCUGCAGAGCCAGAGCACGCAGGUAUCUCAGCCCAUUGCCAGCAGCAGCGCCGGUGGAAUGAUCUCGUCCGCUGCUGCCUCGGUGACCUCGUGGCUGAAGGCGUACACUGGACAUCGCUAAAGAGCAUGGGAAAAGGAUCAUAGGAUUUGUGGAAGGAAUCCCUCCCCGGCAAUGCUGUAGUAAACCUUACAUAUUCAGUUAAGUAGUGCCUGGAACAAAGAAAAGGUCAGACUUUCAUUUUGUAAACCAGAAAAACCUUUUUAUUUACCCAAGAUGACUGUGAUGGUACCAUUUUGUAAAUUAGCUAGCUACGUACUUCUGACGGAUUCUGUGAUGGCACUUUGUGUCUCGGUUCUGUCUGCAUUGUUGAGUAUCAAAGAAGAAGGACAUGGCAGCCUCCAGCUCUACUUUCUGAAGAAGAAACAGAUUUUGGAGUAUUUGAAUUGGGAUGAGUACAGAGAGAAGGCUGCUCAGUGUGCAGUCUGGACAGUGGUGCAAAUGCAGUUCAUGUUUUCUUAACUCCUUACAGGGUUUUUGUUUGUGUGUGUUUUAAAUCUGUCUUGCAUAAUGCAAAAAUGCGUAUUUCUAAAUUUUUUUCAUUCAGGACAUGAAAAUUAUGCAUUUUUAACAUGUUUUCUAAUAUCUGUUGCCAUAUUUUUAAUACAAAGAAUCAGCAUGGACAGGAAUUCACACGGCAAAUUGCUCUUCUUUUAGAUUUGGUUGUGAAUCUUUACCCGGUUUUGCCAUAGAAAACUGGCUUGUUUCAUGCUGUUUCCACUGGUAGGUAGUCUAGAAGUUUCAUGUUGUGCUGUCCAAAGCACGCAGGCUCUUUACUCUUAAUAUCAUACACCAAAGAAACACUGGAUGUUCUCUUAGCUAGACCCACAUUUGAUGCUGAUACAGGAUUGCAUUGUUGCAAUAAUAUUCAUCAGUUAUGACACCAUGUUGCCACUUUUUAAUAUUAGAAAAACCUCAUUUCCAGCUAGUUUAAUGAAGUCACACGGUCUCUACACUACAUGCAUUUUAAACCCUAUUCUAUUUUAUGUUUAUGGUGGGGUUUUUUUUCUUGUUUACUGAAUGCCAAGAAGUUGAUUUCAUUUCACUGCAGAAAUGCUCACAGCGCAGCUGGCUCCCUUGUAAAACUACAGGAGGUGUGAUACUGACAGAUGUGUUCAUUAACAAGUGCUCCUCCACUUCCUCUGCCUUGUGGUAUGUAUUACUUAAAGAUGGGUUUGCUCAGCGAGGCUUCCAACGUAUGGUUUACAUUUUAUAUAGUCGGGACGUUGCACUUCUCCACAGGGUAAACUAAAGUAAAAGCAUCCUCCCGCCCCUCCAAGAGGGAAGAUUUCUGCCUCUGUUCCCUGUGGCGAUGCAGCUCGUACCGGGGGCACGGCGAGGCUGCAGGGAGGGAUGCGCAAGCCAUGUCCCUGCCAUCAGGCAGCGUCCUCCUGCGCGUUUGAAGCCCCAGCUCCGGGGCUGGCUUACCCGGCCGUCUCGCGGAGUCUUUUUGUGGUGGCUUUGCUCUGGCCACCAAAGAGGCGUGCGGUUCCUCUCCAGGCCAGCCAGUGCUGCCUGCCGCCUCCACCGAGGAGCGGGUGGAAAAGUAGUUUUGGUACCGAUGCCUGCCUACCCCAGCGAGCUCCACGCCAGGGGCACCGGCCGAGUAUCGUGUCUCCCAGCCCUCCGCACCUCUUGUACGGCAGCUCUUUCUCUUUGGCCUUGGGGAUGGGCAUCUGUUGUCAGUAGUAUCUUUUAAUUUUUUUUUUUUUUUUUAAACCAAAGACCCUUAACUCUGCACUAACAGCACACAUGUUGUUAGGCGAAGACACCCUCGGUCCUAACCAUUCUUUUGGUCUAAAUCCAAUAGUUGGGUUUGUUUUAAGAGAACAGCCAAGACUCCCUUGACUACUGCAGUCCGAAUGGGGACGGUGCCCCCCAGCCCCCCCAGCAGCGAGCGCUGCCCGGGCCGGGGCCGGGAGGGUUGGGUCACUGUUCAGUUCAUAGCACUUUACUCACUUGCAGCUAUCGGAUCCUUUGCAGUUCUUGGCAACCAGCACGUACUCACCAGUACUGUAUAUUGGGCUCUUAGCAUCGGUUCCCCAUUCAUUUUGCACUGGACCCUGCCAUAUAAAUAUCUUCUCUUCCUUUUUUUGUUUUGUUUUUAAUACGCAUUUCAGUCACUCUUUCAUUGCUGCCUUUGUGCUACUUUGAACCUCUAAAGGUCAGGCCAUGAUUCAGCUCUGUACACUGUCAUUUACUUACUUAGGGAAAGAAAAACCUACACAAAAAAAACUUUUUAAGCCAUAUACUUCAUAACCAUCAUGUUUUCCAAGUAAUUCAUUUGCAACCAUGUCAUAUUCUGAAAGUGCACAACGGCACUGCGAGGGUGUUAAAAUGCAUUGGGAUCGGUCUUUUCAUGAAACUUUUUUGUAACACAAUACAGAUUGUGGUUGUUUUUGGGUUUGUUUUUUUUAAAGUGUUUUGCACAUGUGUAGCUAAGGAAGAACUGUGUGUGUCCAAACCUUGAGUGCAAUUGCCAGGAUUAGUUUUCCAGGUUGUUUUGGGGGUGGGGAGGGAGGGCAGGAAUAUCUGUAAUUAUAGAUAUUUGAAGACAGCCAGCUGAGAGUUUACAAAACACUUUGGGUAGCAUGAAUGUGGGAAUUUCAGUUUAGGCUGUGGCUUUUGUGUGUGACCAGUGAUCUGGGGUGGCUGAUCUGAGCUGCCAAGGAAGAGCCUGAUUUUGAGAGCCCAGCCCUGUGCUGAAAAUCAGGUGCCUUUGAAGGGUCUCAGGUGGGACACCCAAGGGUUGCUUGUCACCUGCAAAAACUCGGGGCCUCUCUCUGCAACUUCUGAACUAGAUGUAACUCAACACAAAUGUCUUUUGGUUUUUUUUUUUUCUAAAUUUUAUUGUAUUAUUGCAAUAAAUCUUUAACAGUAA